AUGAGCACAACGAGGUUAUAUCCUAGAUCAGAUUCGGCCAUCGACAUAAAAGCGCGAAAACGUGUUGCCGAGCUUUAUAAAUUAACUGAUGAAAUAACCAAUGCUUCUAAUGAAAUAAAUGAAAUAUAUGCCAAUAAAAUCUAUCGAAAAUAUAGACGGUUAUUAUCAGUUAAUGCAAAACUAAAAAAACAAUUAAGUCAAUAUCAUUGUCGAGGUUGUAAAUGUGUCAUUCUAUCAAAUGGAGAUGUACAACAAGAUAGAAAAGAAGAACAAGAUUAUCAUAAUAAUGAUGAUAGUGAAAGUUCUAUCAUUGUUGCAGAUUAUCAAGAUUAUCAAUUAAAACAAAAAUUUUCAACAUCAUCUCUGACCUCACAUUCGAUAAUAAAACGAAGCAGAAACAAUAAAAAUCCUCGUAUUACAUACGAUAUUGAAGAUACAGAAAAUUUUGAUGGUAAUGACAGUCGAUUUACUAAAACAACGUUCAAUAAUAAUUCUAUUGAUUGUCAUGAAGAAGACGAUGGUAAUAAUAUUAAUAAUGAUGAUAAUACCAAUGAUAGUUACACUAUGAGUGAUGAAAACAAUGAAGAUAAACUAUUCAUGGCGAUAGAUCCAUAUGAAUUUGAAACAACAAAUGAUGAUAAUCAAUUAGAAAAUGAAAUUAAAGAAGGAGAUCAUGGAGAUCCCGAUAAAUUAUGA